AUGCUGCGGGCCGCGCAUCGUUUUCCAGCCAGGGUGGGCAGGUGUGAUCGAGCCCAGACCUGGCAGCAGCGCGGACGCCGCACCUACCAGGCAUCCAGGCCGCGACUUGACGCCAAAGGUGAUGGCAUCUCCCACGACAUCCAGUACGAUGGCCUCUGGGGAGCCAUCACGACGUUUCCAAAGCGUCAGCCCUUUGCAACGAACGUGAUCGUCGCAACCGUCAAGACGUCCGUAGCCGACCUCAUAGUGCAGAAGGCCGAGGGCAAAGAGAAGGUGGACUGGCAGAGGAACGGUGCUUUCACUGCCUUCGGCUUCGCCUACCUCGGCAUAAUACAAUGGUUCAUCUACGUGACCUUGUUCACCCGCCUCUGCCCCCAUGCCAUCCGCUUCGCCAACCUCCCCUUCGCAGAGAAGCUGAAGGACCGAGCGGGCCAGAUGGAUCUAGUUAAGCAGACGUGCUUGGACAACUUUGUCCACUACACGUUUGUGUACUUCCCCGUCUUCUAUGUCAUCAAGGAGGGUAUCAACACCGUCACCGCCAGCAGCCAGGCGCCGGCACCGGCCGAGCCCCUCGUCUCCCGUGCGCUGGCCAAGUACUGGAGGAAUGCCGUCCAGGACAACCUCUACAUGUGGGCUCUGUGGGUCCCUUUCGACCUGAUCAUCUAUGCGGUGCCCAUCUGGAUGAGACUACCGCUGAACCACAGUGUCAGUCUUGCCUGGACCAUGAUCCUGAGCGCGCUGCGCGGCAGCGAGAAGUAA